CCUGCGCAGUGCCGGGCGCGGCAGGUGGAGCGGGAGCCCGGGCGGCACCGCGUCGCCAUUACACAAUAGCGCGGGCGGCGCGGGCGGGCGGCGGGCGGCGCAGGAGGCGGGACGCGGGGCCCCGGAGCUGCCGAUCGGGGACAAAGCGCGGCCGCCCGGCGCCCCCCGAGCCGCCCGAGCCGGGGCGCAGCCCGCGCCCCCCGCGACUGACAUGAUGUUUCCGCAAAGCCGGCACUCGGGCUCCUCCCACCUCCCCCAGCAGCUCAAGUUCACCACCUCCGACUCCUGUGACCGCAUCAAAGAUGAGUUCCAGUUGCUGCAGGCCCAGUACCACAGCCUCAAGCUGGAGUGUGACAAGCUGGCCAGCGAGAAAUCAGAGAUGCAGCGGCAUUACGUCAUGUACUAUGAGAUGUCCUAUGGAUUGAACAUCGAGAUGCAUAAACAGGCUGAAAUCGUGAAGAGGCUAAAUGGGAUCUGUGCCCAGGUUCUGCCCUAUUUGUCACAGGAGCAUCAGCAACAGGUCCUGGGAGCCAUCGAGAGAGCCAAGCAGGUCACGGCUCCUGAGCUGAACUCCAUCAUCCGACAGCAGCUCCAGGCUCACCAGCUGUCCCAGCUGCAGGCGCUGGCCCUGCCCCUGACGCCGCUGCCCGUGGGGCUCCAGCCGCCAUCACUCCCUGCAGUCAGCGCAGGCACCGGCCUGCUGUCGCUCUCGGCUCUGGGCUCUCAGGCACACCUCUCUAAGGAGGACAAGAAUGGACAUGAUGGAGACACCCACCAGGAGGAUGAUGGCGAGAAGUCGGAUUAGCUCCUGGGGAGGGGGGUGGGGGGAGGGGGACACAGGGGAGACAGGCACAGAGAGGGAGCAGUGUUCCGAGGGCCACACAGCACAGAACUCGGUCACUACCCAAGCUUCCACCCCCAGUUCCGGUUCCAGCCUUCUUGCCCUGUACCCUGGACCUAGGGGACCUCAGAGGGACUCCCCAGGUUACAGAGGGCAGCAAGAAAUCCCCCACCUGUGACAUUUAUCCGGGUCACCGCCACCAGUCUUGGCCCAGAAUGUACACAAUGCAACUCUAGCUGCCCCUUUCCGCCCUGUGCUCCCCGAGUCCUCCCCGUGCCCCGGCUCUGCUUCCCCACACUGUACACUUGCUAGGUCCAGACCCCCCCCCAACUCACCCAGUCCAGUUCCCUCGCCCACGAAGGAGGGGGACAGAGGAAGUGACAUGAAGGCUCGGGACUGCAGUGGGGGUGGGCACCCACAAACCUCCCUUCCUCCCCUUCCCCAAAUAAACAUGAGGGUUCUGAAUUUGGUUUGUUUAUUAUUCCUUUUUUUUGCCCCAGUAUUCUAUAGCUUGUCUUCUAAAAAAGGGGAUUUAAAGAAAGUCUGUGUAUAUAGUUAGCUUUGGUGUGUCGUCUUGGUCUCCCCACGAAGGGGGAUUGCUGUACUGAGGGUGGGGUCUAGCUGUGCCUUUAAAAUAAAAACAUGAAAAGGUUG